ACCCUACUGGGUAGCUUAGCGCAGCCGGAGCCCUAGGGAGCGGAGGCGCCCUACAACCUUCGCCCCCGGCCGGAUGGCCAGCUCCGCCUCUUCUCGUAUCUUUCCCACAUCCCAAAAUGGCGGCGGAGGUGGAUUUUGGCGACCUAGAGCUGUUUGAGGCGUUUGACCACCCAGAGGAGUCGAUUCCGAAGCCCGUUCACACCCACUUCAAGGACGACGACGGCGACGAGGAGGACGAGAAUGGGGUCGGAGACGCGGAGCUGCGGGAGCGGCUCCGGCAGUGCGAGGAAACCAUCGAGCGGCUCCGCGCCGAGAAUGAAGAACUUAAAAGAAAAUUGAACAUUCUGACUCGACCAAGUGGAAUAUUGGUGAACAAUACUAAGUUAGAUGGACCUUUAUUACAGAUUCUAUUUAUGAACAAUAUUAUUUCAAAGCAAUAUCAUCAAGAAAUAGAGGAAUUUGUAUCAAAUUUAGUAAAAAGAUUUGAGGAACAGCAGAAAAAUGAUGUGGAAAAGACUUCCUUUAAUCUUUUGCCCCAGCCAUCCAGCGUUAUGCUAGAAGAGGAUCAUAAAGUAGAGGAAUCCAGUGCCGUUAAAAGCAACAAGGAAGCUUUUAGUGUUGUAGGAAGUGUCCUGUAUUUUACUAAUUUUUGCCUUGAUAAAUUGGGGCAACCGCUACUAAAUGAAAACCCUCAGCUUACGGAAGGAUGGGAAAUACCCAAGUACCAGCAAGUCUUCAGCCACAUUGUUUCUCUAGAAGGGCAAGAAAUACAAGUAAAGGCAAAAAGGCCAAAGCCUCACUGUUUCAAUUGUGGUUCUGAAGAGCAUCAAAUGAAAGAUUGCCCAAUGCCUCGGAAUGCUGCUCGAAUAAGUGAAAAGAGGAAAGAGUAUUUGGAUGCCUGUGGUGAGACAAACAAUCAGAAUUUUCAGCAGCGGUACCAUGCGGAAGAAGUAGAAGAAAGAUUUGGAAGAUUCAAGCCAGGAGUUAUUAGCGAGGAACUCCAGGAUGCACUGGGUGUGACGGACAAGAGUCUUCCACCUUUUAUAUAUCGAAUGCGCCAGCUGGGGUACCCGCCAGGCUGGCUCAAAGAGGCCGAACUAGAGAAUUCAGGGCUUGCACUCUAUGAUGGAAAAGAUGGUGCUGAUGGAGAGACAGAAGCUGGAGAGGUACAGCAAAACAGAAGUGUCACUUAUGAUCUCUCGAAAUUGGUAAACUACCCAGGUUUUAAUAUAUCCACUCCCAGAGGAAUUCCAGAUGAAUGGAGGAUGUUCGGUUCCAUACCAAUGCAGGCAUGCCAGCAGAAGGACGUGUUUGCCAAUUACCUAACUUCUAACUUCCAAGUGCCGAGCAUGCGGUCCAGCAUCAAGAGGUGUGGGUCUCGGUCCAGCCCUGGCAGCCCGAAGAAGCAGAAGAGGGAAGGCAGCCUGGCAGCCUCGCCCACCGACAUGGAGCUCGACUCGGAUGCGGAGGUCCCACACGGUUCCCUGAGCAGCGGAGCUUUUCAGUUUCAGCCCCCACUGCCCCCUGGCACUCCUCCCCCGCUCCCCCAGGGCACCCCUCCGGCCACCUUCACUCCUCCGCUCCCCAAGGGCACCCCGCCGCUGACUCCCAGUGACUCACCCCAGGCGCGAGCGGCAUCUGUGCCCAUGGACGAGGAUGCUCUGACCCUGGAGGAACUGGAAGAACAGCAGAGGCGGAUAUGGGCGGCCCUGGAGCAGGCUGAGAGCACCAACAGUGAUUCUGAUGUCCCCGUCGACACACCUGUGACUGGGAAUUCGGUCGCCUCUUCACCUUGUCCAAACGAGCCAGACCUCCCUGUCCCGGAGGGAAAAACAUCUGAGAAGCAGGUGCCAGAUGAGGCUGAGGUACCAGACACUUGUUCAAAACAGUCCGAAGCGGAACCAUCCUCCAGUCCGGAUCCUGAGGCUGCCUCGCCCGGUCAGAAGGAAAAGGAAGAGUUUGCUCAGGCGGACGCCAAAGAUGCUCCUCUGGACAACGGCCGCGUGGAGUCCCCAUCACAGGAGUCCCCCUGUGAUGUCAGGAACGGAGGCAGCAGCCAGAAGCCCCUUCACAGGGACAUCAGCCCUCCAACAGCCACUAAAACCCAUAGUCCUGUCCCCGACAUGAGCAAGUUUGCAACCGGGAUAACACCAUUCGAAUUCGAGAAUAUGGCGGAAUCUACUGGAAUGUACCUCAGGAUAAGAAGCUUGUUGAAGAACUCGCCCCGAAACCAGCAGAGAAACAAGAAGGCUCCUGAAUAACUGGUUGACGUGGCACCCAGAGCUAUUUAUCUGUACCUGUGCGUUCUGUGAAUUAGUACAACUAAGUGGACGGAUAAAAAUGUCUUCCGACUUGUCCCUCCCACGUUUCAAAAUCUAGCCAAGGCUUAUUUGUGGCCUUAAGUCAGGCCUAUUUUAAAGGAUGGAAAGACUGGGCUGGCUGGUUUCCUCUGUUUUAUUCUCACAGAUAGAAACUCGUGGGGGGUGGAUGUCACACGAGCUGGCUUAGAGAUAGUUUAUUAAGUUUACACUAUUUUUGGAUUGUGAGCGUCCGUCAAGCGUGAUGGUUUUUAUCUGUCUUUUGUACAUUGUUUUUCCCUUUCUACAUUUUGCUAAUUAUCCUGUAUGUAAGUUUAGUAUAUCACUUUUUAAAAGAAAAAAAUUCUAACCAUUUUAAAUUCAGAUUUCAACUCUGACAACCAAAUGAGAAAAAUCAGGGAUGAGCAGCUUUAUCCCAUUUGGGGUAUUUUUGUAAGUGAUUUAUUUACACGCAUCAAUUUUAAUAACACUUUUACUUUUUUGUAACUGCGUUCUUCAUAUAAGCUUGCAAUACAGGUAUGGUCAUCUUUGUGUACGAAGGUUUAAUAAAUUAGUUUUCAUACGCGUAAUUUAAGACUUUGAAUACAAAGAAAUGAUUCGCAGUUAAAUUGGUAUAUGCAACCUUGUAAGUUCGGAAGUAAAUUAUGUGGUCACAAAGGAACUAUAAGAAAUUGCAGAUUUGGGUAUUUUCACUGGAUUUCAGCCUUAAAAAUAGAAACAGCAGAACCUUUUAAAGUAAUUUGAAAAAAAAUAAAUGGACGGCAGCUAGCCUUUAUACAAAAAUAAUUUUCUAGAUUUGAAUCCCGUGGUAAUGCGUAGUUAAAAAGUAGACAUAAACAAAUUGUGUUCAAUUGUCAGAUAUAGAAGAUAGAGCUGAAACUAUGUUUUUUGUCUUUAUGUGGAAUGCUGUUACAUCUCUACAGAGGAGGCCAAUGAAAAUAAACAUUUAGAUAAUCUUGAAUUA